AUGGCAACUCCAGCUGCCUCUGUCAACCCUGCAUAUGAUCCCAAGACUGAUCCAGCCAGGAAGCCCAAAAGGUCUAAGGACCCAGGCUGGAAGUAUGGAUAUUGGGCAGACCUUGGUAACCGAGAUGAGGUGACAUGUACCCUAUGUGGCACAAUGGUUCAUGGGGGCAUAAAAAGGCUGAAGCAACAUCUAGCAAGUGGCUUUGGAGAUUCAAAAAUAUGCAGCGAAACUACUACAGAGAUUAGGGUGGAGAUGACAAAUUACUUGGAAAAACACAAGAGGCAAAGGCCAAUGUACCUAGAUGAUGAGGAAGAGCAGGUAGAGGAGAAUGGAGAAGCAGAUGUGGUCGUGGUAGAGGCAAGUGCACCUGUGAAUGAAGUUGAAUCCCAGGCCUCUAAAGUGAUGCCAAGUUCAGGGACAGCAGCAAAGAAAAGGCGUGCAACCUAUUCAUUCAAGGCUGUAGCAGUGAGCAAAGGCAAGGAAAAGCCAAAGGGAAACAAGACAAUUCUUGAGAUGUUAAGAAAAUCACCUGAAGAAAUAGUCGAUGAAAGGCGUAAAGGGUCUUACCAGCCCCCAAUUCAGUCCAGCACUAAGACCAAGGAGCAACAUCAUUAUGUGGAUAUGCAAUGGGCCCUGUUUUUCUAUGAGUGUGGCAUACCAUUCAAUGCAGCAGCAUCAAGACAAUUUCAGGUGGCAGUUGAGGCAACAACACAGUUUGGUUCAGGGUACAAGCCUCCUUCUCCAUAUCAGUUUGGGGAACCGUUGCUUAAAGAUGCAGUGAAGUUGACAAGUACCAUGAGGGAGGACCAUGAGAGAGCAUGGAAGCAUUUUGGCUGCACUCUCAUGUCAGAUGGAUGGACUGAUAGGAGGGGACGACAUUUGAUUAACUUCCUUGUCAAUAGCCUAGAGGGGACUUUCUUCUUAGAGUCUGUCGAUGCAUCAAGCGAGGCCCACGAUGCAUAUAUGCUUGCUGAUUUGUUGGAGAAAAGAAUUGAGGAGAUUGGAAAGGAAAAGGUCGUUCAAGUUAUUACUGAUAAUGGAGCUAACUACAAGGCAGCGGAAGAUAUAGGAGGGUUGAAGGAAUUUAAGAAGCCCAUAGCAGGUGCAAGGCGUGUAACAACUUUCAUCUAUAGACAUGGGAGAAUCCUUAGUGCAAUGAGAGAAAAGACAGGUGGGUCUGAUCUUGUGAGACCUGCAGCCACAAGUGAAGUAUGGACUGGGAAUAAAUUGGCAAAAACUAAAGCUGGUGAGGAUGUGCAUGACAUUGUGCUCUCUACUGAGUUUUGGAACAAGGGUGGUUGA